CAAGCGAACGUGUGCGUUUUUCUUUUUGACGUCGUUGACGAUACUCAAACCAAACAAAAAUAAUUCAAGAAUCAAAUCUCAUAGUUUUCCCCGUUGGUGUGCGUUUAAAACGACGGUCGACAUACACACACCAAAGGAAAAUUAUAUUUUUUUCCUAUCGAAAACAAAAAAAAAAAAUAUGGUUUGCAAUGAAAUUUUUGUUGAAAUAUAAAAGUGGUUGAAUGAAAACAAAAAAAGAAAAGAAAAUAAUAGUGGUGGUUGCAAAAAAAAAAAAGUGAAAAACAACAACAACAAAUUUCAAAUUGGAAUAAUUGAAAGUGAGACAAACACCUACGUUUAUCCAUCAUUUAACCUUUAAGCAAGCAUAGAGGGAAAAAUUAAGGAACACACCAAGCAAAAAGUGUAAGCAAACACAUCCUUAGCCAUCAACGAAUAAUAAUAAAACCGGGAGUAAAGCCAUAAAAACGAAAGCAGCAAAAAUAACAUCCCGUUAAAGUAAUUGAAACAUUCGCCAAAGAAGUGUAAAACGAAACAAAACGGAAGGUGGAAACAAACAAACAACAACAACAGAAAAAAACCUAUAAAAUUAACAACAACCUCAUACUCCUCCCAUACCAUUCCGCAAGGAAUUCAUGGCAAAGUGUCGUUUUUCGGAAAAGUGCAAACAAAAAAGUAAUUAAAAGUCCGGCGCAACAAAAAAAGCAAAGGCAUUGCCACAAAUUUUUAAUUAUCGACAUAAAACAAAUGUCAUUUCACAAGAUGACCUCUCAAGUGUAACAUCCCAAGUGUAACGUGUUCCAAGCUAAAGCCCCCAAACCGUAAAGAAAAAUUUGUCAUACUUAAAAAAAAUAGGUGUCUUAACUUGCUGGAGAGAAAAAAAAGAAGGCAGCAUAAGUGUUUGUAAUUGUGAAAUGUCAUAAGAGAAAUUUACUGCCUAGUGCCUGUAAAGAUUUGAAGUUUUGCUCAUUGUCAUUGGUGCCCACAAACGUAAAGCAAGUCCCAACACUUUGUGGGAAAAUUCUUUAUUUCAACUUGCCCCAUCUUCCAAGAGCGACUAACAAACAACAACUAAUUGCAUGGUUUCAUUCAUUGGAUUAUGAUCGUUAUAAAAAGAUGACGCCGCUGCAAUGAGGACGAUCCACUAGCGGCAUUGACUAUGGGACCAGAGGCAUGGGUAUGUGUGCGGACCCUGGGGCUUACCGGUGGUGUCAGGCAUUAAGCCGAACGCGAUCAACGUUCGCCACAAAUACAAAUACAGCAAACACUAGUAGCAACAGACACAACCAAAAAUCCAUAUUAGAAACCAAUUUUGCCAAUAGUAAUACUAACAUUUGCAAUAACAUAUGCCACUCGACAGCAAUCGAUAAGAAGAAACAGCAAGAACUGCAGCAUAACGAUUAUCAGAUACGAUUUAAACCUACAAAAACCAAAACUUUUGCAGCUGCCGUGGCCGCUUUGAAAGCGACAUCACUGGAAAAGCCAAUCAAUAAUUCCACAAAUUGUUCUCUAACCACAACGAUACUGGAGGCGUUAAAGUAUUGUCGUCCACCGGCUACAGCGACAACGUCUCAACUACGAUAUCCUCGAAGAAUACAGCCCGCAACGACGACGAAGACGACGAGGCCAAACGCAACAGUAACAGCGACAACACAAACACGAAUACGAUCAUUAGCAACAUCACUAUCACCACCACCACCACCGCCACCGUCACCAAUAUCAUCGUCAUUGCUGGCCACAACAACGACGACGAGGGCGGAGGCGUCAUUGGCGCCAACGUCAAUAACUACAGCAAAGACGACGUCAUCGUAUGGAAAUUCAACGAAUUCAUGCAAACUUUCAUCAACCUCAUCAAUCUCGUCAAUAUCAGCAUCAGCACCAGCAUCAUUAUCAGCCUCAUCAGUGUUGCGUUAUCAGCUGCUGAAAGCUGAAAAACUUUGUCAUUGCCUGAAAUCAUCGUUUCAGCUAACGAUAGUGUUUUUCAUAAUUCUGCUAUUGACCAAAUCAGCUUAUGCCAAUAACAAUAUACCGGAAGACGCUGUUCAUAUCACAGCCAUACUUGGUGAAGGUGUCAUAUUCAACUGUCACGUUGAAUUCCCCAAUGACCAUCCAGUCCCGUACGUCCUACAGUGGGACAAGAAGGUGAGCGAAACGGGUUCCGACCUACCCAUAUACAUAUGGUACGAAAGCUAUCCUGAACACAUCGAAGACGGUUACAAGGGACGCGUGUCGCGAGUGGCACCGGACUCACCAUUCGGUUCGGCCUCACUCAAUUUAACCAACAUCAAGGAGUCGGACCAGGGCUGGUACGAAUGUAAAGUUGUAUUUUUAAAUCGUGAUCCCAAGCAGCAUAAGAACGGUACAUGGUUCCACUUAGAUGUACAUGCACCGCCCCGAUUUAGCGUAACACCAGAUGAUAUAAUAUAUGUUAAUUUAGGUGAUUCAAUUAUAUUAAAUUGCCAGGCAGAUGGCACACCCACACCCGAAAUUCUAUGGUACAAAGAUGCUAAUCCCGUUGAUCCCUCGCCUACUGUUGGCAUCUUUAAUGAUGGCACCGAAUUACGGAUCUCCACCAUACGGCACGAGGAUAUUGGAGAAUAUACUUGCAUUGCACGCAAUGGUGAGGGACAAGUCUCCCAUACGGCCCGUGUUAUAAUAGCGGGCGGCGCUGUAAUCAUGCCGGAUAACGGAAAUGCUAAAAACAUAAAAACCCCCACCAUCACCAACACCAUCACCACUACCACUACCACCAACAGGGGCACGGAUGGUAAAACGGCCAAUACAGCCAUCGCCAACGGCAGCAGCAGACCUUCUGCCAAUGCUACUACUGUUAACAACGGCAGAAACACCAAGAAAACCAAAACCACCAUGGCCCGGAAAGUUGUAAAAACCAAUGAUAAGAAGAGUAAAAUUUUUAUAAAAGUGCCGCCCACGAAUCAAACUAAACUAGAGGGCGAAAAGGUGAUAUUCUCAUGCGAAGCUAAGGCUAUGCCUGGCAAUGUCACCGUACGAUGGUUUCGCGAGGGCUCGCCCGUUAGAGAGGUGGCCUCAUUGGAGACACGCAUUACAAUACGCAAAGAUGGCUCGCUAAUUAUCAAUCCAGUGGGUGCCGAUGAUUCGGGCCAGUAUCUGUGCGAAGUUACAAAUGGUAUUGGUGAUCCCCAGAGUGCAUCGGCAUAUUUGAAUAUAGAGUAUCCUGCCAAAGUGACCUUUACACCCACUGUACAAUAUCUACCAUUUCGUUUAUCCGGUGUUGUUCAGUGCUACAUUAAAUCGAAUCCCCAACUCCAAUAUGUCACUUGGACCAAAGACAAGCGUCUUUUAGAACCCUAUCAAAUGAAAGACAUUGUUGUCAUGGCCAAUGGUUCACUGCUCUUUACCCAUGUCAACGAAGAGCAUCAGGGUCGUUACACCUGUACACCCUAUAAUGCGGAAGGUACUCAGGGCUCUUCGGGUACCAUGGAGGUGUUGGUGCGUAAACCACCCGCAUUUACUGUUGAACCCGAAUCGCUGUAUCAGCGUAAAGUUGGCGAUAGCGUAGAAAUGCACUGUGACGCCGUCGAGGCAGAGGGCACCCAAAAGCCCACCAUCAAAUGGCAACGCCAAGAUGGGGAUCAACUAUCGGAUACUCAGCGUAGUCGCAUCAAAAUAUCUGGGGGUAACAUUACCAUUGAGAAUCUACGACGUGAGGAUUUCGGUUAUUACCAAUGCGUUGUCUCUAAUGAAGUGGCCACUCUAAUGUCACAAACCCAACUAGUGAUUGAGGGCACCCAACCACAUGCACCCUACAACAUAACGGGCAAAGCGACCGAAUCAUCGAUAACACUGCAAUGGAUGCCCGGCUACAGCGGCGGCUCCGAAUACAAACAGGACUAUACGAUUUGGUAUCGUGAGGCCGGUGUUGCGGAUUGGCAAACGAUAUCGGUAACACCUUCGGGUAGUACAGAAGUAACGAUCAAUGGCUUAGCAUCGGGAACUACCUACGAAUUUCAGGUCGUCGGUCGUAAUGUGCUUGGCGAUGGCAUGAUGAGUAAAGUGAUGACAGUGCGCACAGUGGACCUUUUAGCCUAUUUUGAUAUUUUUUUUCAUACCGAUUCUCAAGGAUCGAUUGUUUAUUCGCCACCUAAAUUAAAAUUAAAAGGACCAAAACCUGGACCACCACGUAAUCUCACCGUUACGGAAGUCUCAAAUGGUUUUCUCAUCUCUUGGCAGGCGCCACUGGAGCGAGCCCACAUUGUUAAGUUCUACACAAUAAAAUACCGGACUGAUGCCAAUUGGAAGACCCUGAAUCGGGGCCAGAUACGACCCGAGGAAACCCAAUAUUUAGUUAAGAAUUUAGUUGGAGGUCGUACGUAUUAUUUUCGCGUUUUAGCCAAUUCGGAAAAAUCUUAUGAAUCCAGCGAUGAGGUGAAAUUUCCGGUACCGGCCCGUGUCAAACAUAAAGCAAUAACAGCCGGUGUCGUUGGGGGCAUCCUGUUUUUUAUAGUUGCGAUCAUUUUAUCGGUUUGUGCCGUAAAAAUUUGCAAUAAACGUAAACGACGAAAACAGGAAAAAGAGUUCAACAUGGUAGCUUGCAGGAUAACGGAUGCCCGUAAUAUAGCAGCAAAUAAUCAUCACCAUCAUCAUCAGCAUCAACAUCAACAACAGCAGCAGCAACAGCAGUCACAAGAACCACACCAUCGACAGCAGCAACAACAGCAGCAUCAUCACAUACAACAACAAAUGCAUAAUCGUAAUACGGGCUCGAUUUCCGCUAGUCAAGUGCCUUUAAAAAAAUAUAAACAAACCCGAAUAUCAAGUCUAACAACAAUACUUAUUGCAAUCUUACACUGGAUAUGGCCGCCGGAUCGUUGUACCAACUGCCAUUCGAUCUAUAGCUCGCCGACCUUGGAGGAGUCGGAGCGACACAAAUCCCUGAGUGAAAUACAGCGAUCACGCGAUGGUCGCUUUGUGUUGGCCACCAAAUCGAAUAAUGCCCUGACCAAUGGUGCCAUACUGCUCGACGAUGGAGUCGAUGAGGUGGAUGCCAUGGAUAUGGCCGAUGCCAGGCGCAAUAGUAAUGCCUCGCAAAAAUCUUCUUCAGAUGAUGGAGGAUUUCUAUCGCGCCGCAAUUUCAUAACAGCCCGAGCAUCAUGGCGCCGCCCCCUGGUGGCCUCACCCAGUCAGCUGAGUCUGCAAUCGGUGGCAGCCGGUUCGGCUCGCGGUUUGCUGCAAGGUCUGGGUGGUCUAUUAAAGAUUGGUGGCGGUAGCCAUACUAAUGGUGGCUAUGGCAAAGGUGAAAGUGAUAAUCUGCUGACGGGAGCCCGUUAUCAAAAUGUCUAUGGCAAUACCAUCUAUCGCAAUCUACAUCCUCAUCAUACAAUGGGUCAUCAACAUCAUCAGCACCAGCAGCACCACCAGCAGCAGCAACAGGCACAGCCAGCUAGUAGACCCUUGCAUAUUAACACCAUAAGUGGUGGUCUACAGAGCCACCAUAUGCAUCAGGUGUUUUCCCCCUCCAAAGUUUCUAGAAUAUUUUCAAGUUCGCCCGCCAGCAGCCCCAAUGGAGUGGUCAGUCAAACUGAGGAAUGUCUGCUGGCCUCACCCUGGGCCCUAACCACACCAAAUCAUUCCAACCACUUCACCUAUAAUCCCUUUAGUGACUUGAGUACGGUUUAUCCGGGUUCGGCGGAAAGGUCAGUGCCCACUCUGACACCCACAGCCAGUGGUAAUUUAAGUCGUUAUCGUUAUUAUGCCCAUGAAUUGCCUUCACUGAGAACCAUACAAGAAGAAACCAGACGUCUUAAUUAUGAGCAGCAACAUCAGCAACAUCAGCAUUCAGAUUUUCUGCCCCUGCAAAUGGAUUCACCACCCUCUUGGAGAAGUUACUAUCAGCAUAGUUCUUCGGCCCCGUAUUAUCAUAGCUACAGGCCCAGAACGCGCUGGUAUCCACGUCAUUAUUCGCGUUUAUUUGGUCGCUCUCAGGGGGAUCUUAUGUCUCCGCUGCCGCAUUUGAAUUUAACAUUGCGUUCCUCAAAUCAUCAUGUCUUAGGCUUGGAUGCCUCACCAGAAUCAAGAUCCAGUUCUAGUGGAUUUGGCUCAAAGAACACUUCCAAUCAUCCGCAGGGUUCACACCAUUCGGGUAGCACCAGUGAAUGGCGUCUACUGCCGCCGUAUAGGCCACCGCCGCCACCACCGUCUGCAACAAAUACUGCCUACUUUGGAACAACACCAACAGCUGCACAAAUGGCCACACAGCAAGCGCAAGCGCAAGCAAUGCAACAACAUCAACAUCACCAUCCACCGCAACAAGCCCAGGCUCAGGCUGCGGUGCCUCAGCAAGCCUCUCAAAUCGCCCAACAACAAGCAGGGUAUGGCACAUUGCCGCCCCCUUUAUCCUGCUAUCAGCAUUAUUCACCCUCCAAUUACUUCAGUUCCAGCACUCAGCGUACUCUGACACCGCCCUAUACCAUGGAACAUUGGCUGGAUAUGAUAACACGCCUGAAUGCGGCCACCGAUAAUGUCAAUCUGCCCAAGUCGGUGGAUGUGGGCAGUGUUGAUGGCCACUAUGAGUUUGAUCCCUCAACACCCACACCCAGUGCCUCCACACCAACGGGGGGAUUGCUGCGUGAAGAUUACAAUCUGCACAUAGACACCAGUGGUCAUUUGCAUCAUUUGCACAAUGGCCAGCAUUAUCAGCCACAUGCGGCCACACAUCACACUUUGGGGCCCCUCAGCUCUUCGAGUAGCCUUUUCAAUAGCCAGCCUGGUGGGACGUUUGGUCUCUCAGGUAGCUCUAUGACCAUUGGCGGCGGAGGAGCAAUGAGAAAGUCACGUUUGCAGGGACGCUAUGACAACAUAGAGGCUCGUCUGCAAUCCAUGAAGGAGGAGUUCUAUGAGUAUCGCAAACGCCAGGCAAUGCAAAGGGCAGGAGUGGCAGAACUGGAAAGUGUUUGCUGACAAAGGCCCCUAAGGCGUUAUCGCUGGCCCAGGCCAUGGUGGGAAUUGUGAUGCUAAGCGGCUACAACAGAGAAUAAGGGACAGCAAAAAAAAACAGGUUUCAGUUUCCAGUGAUUUAAUGCUUCUGCUGUAGAAGUGAGAGAGAG